AUGGAGGAACACUUGUUCAGUUAUGAAAACAUAUUUAGGAACAAGGACCUAAAUAUUGAUGAGGAGAUAAGGCAGAAAAAUCAGAAGGAAAGACGACCACCUAGUGAGGAUUCGAACGUGCCGCCGGAGGAUCGAGACCCGAAGGAUGAGACCGCAAGCGGUUUUGACACAAACAAGUUGAUAAUCGAACGCGAUGAGGAGGGCUCUUCCAUCCAAUUGGGUUCAGCCGAUGAAAGGAAAAAAGGGGAGAAGGGUCAGGAGGCGGAGGAAGGUGAUACAAGUCCAGGGGGAGAAGGAAGGCCCAGCAAGGCUGACUGCAAGAGGGAUCCAGCAGAGCCGGUGGAAGAGGAAUCCACGGGAGUGGCGAACGUGAUGAACGCGGCUGACGUGACGACUGUGCCUCACGUGGCAGACGCCAUCGUUCACACGAACAGCCAAACGGAACCCCAAUCCAAGAAGAAGGUAAAAAACGACAUAUCGUCCCUCUUUGCAGAUUCGGCCUCAGAGGUGAUCGGCGCAAGGGGGGAACCAGCCAGUGACAAGAGGGAAUUUAAUUUUUGGUUUUCUGGAAAAGGAGCCACGCCACGGGGAGAAGCGGACGGGGAAGCGAAUGGAGAAGCGAACAGAGAAGCCGACGGAGAAGCGGACGGCGAAGUGGCAGAGGAAAACGAGACGCACGACAACCGUUUGACGACCCCACGUGGUAAUAAUCCAGAUGGGGCAACCAAUGUGAAAUGUAAAAGGGGCGAGGAUCGUGGCGAUUGUGUAAUACAAGAGGCUCCAAAUGGUGUUGAUGCCUCCAUCGGUGAUUCCAAUGUGGAAAAAGAGAUUCGCGGGGAUGGGGGAGAGGUACCGGGUUUGACUCCUGAACUAAGCAGCAGUGACCUUGUUGGGGAGGUAAGCCACCCGGAUCGCUUCCAAAAUGGGCCUAGUGAGAAGGGGGAAGAUGCUCCCAGGGGAGACACGUCAAAGGCGAUGAGGGGGGAAGCGGCAUGUUAUAAUGCGGCAGAUGGUAACACGGCGGAUCAUAACGCGGCGGGUCAUAACUCGGCGGGUCAUAACUCGGCAGGGGACGCCACCCCCACCGUUGCCGCUAGCACCGCUGCUCCCACCGCCCUAUGCUUCGGAACGAACGGGACGUUUUGCUACACCCGGGGGAGCAAGGUGAAGUGCGCGCCGCUGAUCUGCAUUAUAGAGAGCGGCAUUCGCAGGAGGAACGACGGUUCGAAGGGCCGCGUAGCUCCCGCACCCCCGUCAAGCAACCCCUCCGCCAAGCAUAGCAACAGCAUUGCCAUCCGCAAUAGGAGCCUAGAAGAACACGUGUACGCGAUAAGAAACUUCCCCGGACCAUUUAGCAGGAGGACCAACAAGGUCGACAAGAAGGUAAUCAAUUUCCUAUAUGGUCAUAUGAACCUAAAUGAAAAAAGAUAUGGGACCAAUGUCUAUGAAUACACACAGAAGAGUUGCCUUUACCAGUACUUUCUGAACGUUAUGAAGAAUCCCCAUCUGCUGCAAUUUAACUUAAAAGACGUGCGAGUGGAUACGAGCGGUGCAAGUGGUGCGAAGGCACAUGCGGGUGACAAGCGCAGAAAUGUUGUGUCGUACUUUGUGGAGUCGUCGCGCCAGAAAGGGGAGGGCAUGAGGAACAACACAGGAGAUCCUCCCCACAGCGGGAAUGGCUACCCAAGUGGUCCAAGUGAUCAACCCGAUUGGCAGCACGACUGGAGUGGAGACCUCCGCGCAAGCGAAAAAAACCCUCGAGAGGAAUCAGGCGAUCAAGAAAGAAGAGACAGUUUCUCCGAUGUUGACGGGAAGGGGGCAUUGAAGAAUAACAGAACGGAAAUGGAUAAAUUUGAGAUAACAGGGAAGGAUACAGCAAAGCGGGAGUGCCCCGGUGGGGGAGACAUCGACGAUGAUGGGGGGGUGUACCAUGGGGAUGAUGGCGGGCUCUACGAAAGGGAUGAUAUCAGUUGGCGCACAAGUGCGUAUUGUAGAGAGGUGCCGCCCUUCACCCCAGCGGUAACAUGGCGUGAUACAAACCCAGGUGAAAAAAAAAAGAAGAAAGUAUCUGUAAACAACCGACAGUACACAUUCAACGAUUUGGUGGACCCAUACUUUAUUAAUGCAUUCUCCAAAAUGGGGAUCAAAGAGAAAAUCACAAGAGAAGACAUAUACCUGGAGUAUUACCACCUGUGUAUAUAUAACAGUGAGAAGGCAGCCAGGCUAUGUCUGGAGAAAAAUCUAUUUAGACAUUUCUUCCUCAUUUUAGACAAAUACAAUGAUGAAAAAUAUAGACUCAUGCUUAGCAGGUACAUAAGCCACAUGGACAAGAGUAUGAAUCACGACAUUGAGAUGACUGAUGGACUGAAAAACAUUUUUCGGAUUUAUAACCCCAGCGUUCACGACGAUAUCGUUAAGGAAGCCUUUGUCUUUUUAAUUUCUCUACUUAAUCGGGAGAGCAUGACUUUUGACAGGACUCUCCUAAUCGAUUACUGGUAUUGUUUCUAUGUGCUGAUUUAUCAUAACUUCCUUUUUCAGUUCGAAGAGAAUGAAUUUAGCUACGACGAGUACAAAGAAGACAUUCACCGAUUUUUUUCCUUCCUAAUAAAACAGCUGUAUGUGCACGGACGUGUGACUGAAUCGCAGUUUCUCUACCUGCAGUUGUGUGGCAAUCCCUGUGUUUUUGAAGUUGCAAUGGAGGCGCAGCAGUUGGAGACGCAGCAGUUGGGGACGCAGCAGUUGGAGGGAUCCCCAUUGGACUCACGCCCAGUGGAGCACCCACUCUGGGGAGGCCCCCACUUUGAUGUCCUCACCUUCCAGAUGUGCGAAGUGAUAGAAUACCUUAACAGAUCCAAUGAGGACAACUUCUUCUAUGAAGACCUAAUCAGACAGAAAAUUAACUACGCCUUUACUCUCCUAGAAUUAGGGGUUCUAGAACAAGCCAAAAGCUAUAUAGAGAUUAUAUACUACUACGUGGAUGUCAUUCGAAGUCAGAAACGGAACAAGAACAAGAGCUACUACUUGGUCCACUUGUAUGAGUCUUUGCUUAGUCAGGCCAAAUACGUGUUGCCAUCUCUGCGUCUACACAAUGGGGGGAUUUUCUCCACGAACUGGACUGCGUCGAAUGAGGGCCUUCCCGAGGGGGGGAUGUAUAACUAUAAAGUCAUUUCUCCCCACCGGGAUUUGCAGCACGGGGGGGUAGCGGUGCAUCUGGGAAGCUCUAUACAGGCUAGUACCACUACGUAUACUACUACGACUACGGAUACUACUACUGCUAUUGGUGGUAGCCUUUUAGCCGGUACUCCUAUCGGGGUGCCGCCCCCGAAUGAACCAUUGAGUGAAGGGCAAAAUGGGUCUCGAGAGGGACAUCCCUACUACGUGCCUUCUUACCAGCAGCCUAGCGGCAAUAAUGUUACCAUGACCCCCUUCGAAGUGAAGAAUCCAAGAGGGUUCAGCACAGAUCAUGUGGGUUCUACUCACCACGGGGCAGUAACGGGAAGAAUAUCAAACCUAUUCAGAAAUAACCCUAGUUCGCCACCACACGAAACCGAAGCACUUACGACCAAUCAGAAUCAAUACAACGAGAGGGUUGAAAGUUACUCUCAUUUGAGUUUUCCUCCGCCACCGUAUAGCGUUGCUACUAACCCAGAUCAGUCGAAUAAUCAACACGAUGUCUCUAACACUGGGACGAGCAUCACCCCCCAUCUUGCAAAUGCUCCCUACCCAACAGAUCAGGGGAAUUCCUUUCUGUCUAGCUACCACCCACCACAAAUGGUCGUCUCGGGGGAAGGAGCGGAGUAUACCCCUGUGGAAAGGACAAUUCCCUAUCAUCAGUACAAUGGUCCGUACCAAAAUGAAAGCGCUCAAGUGAGUUACUUCUCCGGGGGGGGGCAAUCCAUGGCGGAAGGCGCAUUAAUGAGCGACAUGCCUGACGGUAGGAACUCCACUGCGGUGUCUUUCCAGAAUAUUAGCGGCACGUGUAACGGUGGUUACACUGCGAAUUGGGGCGGCGAACACGGGGGCGGCCACAGCGGGGGGGGUAGUACCAUCCAGUAUGAUGGGCGAUUGGGCAGCGCCGUGGGCCAGGACAAUUACGCCUACUACUACGAUGCCAGUUGGAACGUGGUGUACCCAGCCGCGGGAUCGUUCACUCAUGCCACGCAUCAGGUGCAGCACGAUCUCCAUCACACGGUGCAACAGGUUCCUCAUCACCCCGGGCAGCGGGACCCCCACCACGCAGCUCACCCCCCAAGCGGCAAUAACUACCCCGCAGGGGGUGGCGUGCCCUAUGGAGGUAACGCCAAACCACCUGAACCGUCAGGUAAAAGUGGACCCCCCGAAGUGAGUGACAAAAAAACACACAGCGAAAAAAAAAAGCAAGCGGAUGAACAAAAUGGAGAAAACAACAUGGACUUAAUUAACAUAGGAAAGACCUUCAUUUCAGGAUUCUUCUCAAACAUAAAGGAGAAAAUAAAAAUGACAGAACAAUCGGAGGAUGAAGAGGAAAACGUUUUUUAUUAUGACUAUGAGAAGAAGCGGUGGAGGGAGAAGGGGGUGACGUCGGACGAGGAGGAAGAACGAGAGAGGCGCAAAAUGCAGCGCGAAAUGGAAAUUAAAAAUGUCGCCCCACCCCCCCAGACGGAGAACCUUUCGCAGGCAAACAAGAACCCGCUGGACAUAAGGGACGUGCGGAGCAGGUACGUCGACUACUUCAACUGA